UACAAAUAAUAAUAAAAGAAAAAGUCUAGUUUAGCAUAUACGAUUCGUUCCUCCUGGUAUUAUAAAGCAGGAAAAACACAGAAGUGGGGUAGUAGUAGGUGAGAUUCAUUCGGAUCCCUCGCUUCCGAUCACUCACAUUUCUGUGAGAUUCAAACCCAAACUCAUGGCUACUACCACGUUACGCUUAUACCUAACCUGCAUUCGCAACACACUCCAUGCCGCAAUGUGCCUUCAGAAUUUUCCUUGUCAAGAAGUUGAAAGACAUAACAAACCAGAGGUUGAACUCAAGACUAGCUCUGAACUCCUUCUCAAUCCUGUUUUGAUAUGCCGUAAUGAGGCUGAGAAAUGCUUAAUAGAAACGUCUAUCAAUUCACUAAGGAUAAGUCUUAAGGUGAAGCAGGCUGAUGAACUUGAAAACAUAUUGACGAAGAAGUUUCUUAGAUUUUUGUCAAUGAGAGCUGAGGCUUUCCAAGUACUGAGGAGAAAGCCUGUGCAGGGAUAUGAUAUUAGCUUCCUUAUUACAAAUUACCAUUGUGAGGAGAUGCAGAAGCAAAAACUCAUAGAUUUUAUAGUGCAAUUUAUGGAGGAUAUUGAUAAGGAGAUAAGCGAGCUCAAAUUAUCAGUGAACACACGGGGGAGGCUCGUGGCUACAGAGUUUCUGAAGCAGUUUAUCUGAUCCUUUGGACAGAUAGAAUUAGAACUACCAAGUCCUUGUAUAUUGUACUGUUUCAAAUCUAGUCCCACCAUCUUUCUGAUUACCAAUGCUCGUGUCUUAUUGACAUUCAGAAGUUAGUGCAGAAUAGUUUCUGUAGAGGGAAAUAUAAAUAUUAAAUCAAAUUGGAAUGUUAUGUCUUUAUUAUAAAUAGUUAUCACACCUAAUGUCUUUUGCACUUGUACUAGUUUCGGAUUUGAAUUCCACGUGUAAGACUCUAUUUGACAAGAGACAUUUUUAAGUUUAUGGCAUAUAGCUUAUAAGCUCUUAUAAUUUA